UCAUACCGAACCUCCUAUCAGGUUUUUUUUUUUCAAAAACUAAACCAAAGCUAUGCCAGAUCAGUUUUGCACCAGUAAUUCCACUAGAACCCGAGGUAGAAGACCGCAGGAGCUUGAGGGGCGCAGUACCGUCUUACCCCGGCCUAGUUCCGCCACUGUUUCAGAGAAAAACUGCUAAACGAAAUUGUGUAGUUUCGUGCACACUCCCGUCAUCUCCAGAUUUGAGAUUUCUGCUCACAUUCUGUUCUCUGCAAGAUGAGUGGGACCGAUGCGUGGGUCCCAAACCCUGCACUGUACAUCUUCCUCUUUGCAUCAUCUUUGCUAUCGAUAUGCUGUUUCCGGGUCAACUCUAGUGGCAGGGCGUUCAAUGUCUUUGACCAUUCACACUCACCUUCCUUCUCUAACUCCAAAAGAAGCUUCCUUUUCCUAUUCUCCCUCACUUCAGUGAUAGAAGGAUUAUGGGCAGUGUUUGGGGAGAAUGAAAUGAUAUAUUAUGGAAUUAGCAAGGAUGUGAUGGUGUUGUGGAUGUGCCUUGGAUGUGCAGCUGCUCUCUUUGUUGGCUCCUUUUUGGGGGUACUGUCAGAUUUAAUUGGCCAGAAGAAACUGUGUUUGUUAUUUUACAUGCUGCAUCUCUUUGUAGUCAUCUGCAAGAAGGUUAUUGCAAAUCCCAGUCUUUGGAUUGCCAACGUCUGCCUGUCUCUGUCCUCUUCAAUUUUUCACUUCAACUUUGAAACGUGGAUGGUAAUUGAGCACGAAAAGCAAGGUCUCAGACGGGAUGCGUUAAAUGACAUGUUUUGGCUAAUGUCCUUUUGUGAAUCUGCAUCCUUUAUUGUUAGCCAAGCCCUUGGGAAUUGGCUCAUUGGUGGUAAUAAUUCAGGGUCAACCACGAACUUGCUUCCCACUGCAGCUGCAAUACUAUCAAUUCUUGGUCUCAUAUAUGCCAGUCAAGGAUGGAAAGAGUUGCCUCAAACCGUCAAAUAUGAAGAUUAUAAAAUUAAAUUCCAUAAAUAUAUUUUAACUGAUAAAAGAGUAUGGUUGCUUUCAUGGGCACAAGCUUGUGUUCACUUCUCAAGCACAGUGUUCUGGAUUAUUUGGGCUCCAACUAUAGUGGGUGAUGGGAGAGAGGUUUUGCUAGGGAUGGUAUACCCAUGUCUCCUUGGUGCAAGAAUGCUAGGCAGCACUGCUUUUCCAUGGUUCAAUGGACCAUUAUCACUUCGGACUGAGGAAUACUUAGUAUACAGUUUUGUUGUUAUGGGUUCUGUUCUGUCCAUCAUAGCUUAUGACUAUCAGGAAAUUGAAACUCUUUUGGUACUGUUCUGUCUAUUUCAUGCGUGUUUGGGGCUGGUUUUGCCUUCACUUGCCAGAUUAAGAACCAUGUUUGUACCAAAUGAAUGUCGUGCAGGGAUGAUGAGUAUAUCUCUAGCCCCAUCAAAUGCUGCACUCUUGUUCUUUCUUCUCCAACGAGGUUAUUAUCAUAACAUCGAAAAUUCAACUGUCAUAGCGAUGGGGGCUUUUGGACUUUUCAUGGCAGCUAGUUGCAUGUACAUGUUAAAGCAAUCAGGGAAGCAACCUCAUCAAAAUUGGCUGAAGUUAUGAAUAUGGUCACCAUUUUUCCAAGCCAUUGGAUUGUUAAUGAUCCAUCAUAUUGCAUUUAGCACUGUUAUAGAAACAAAAAGAGUUGCUGUAGGUUGUUAUAUCCUGUUUAUUUCUUUAUUGGCCUUGGGGUUAAUAAGCAGUACUACCUCCGUCCCAAAAUGAUGGUCCUUUAUUUCCUUUUUGGGAUGUCCAAAAAUGAUGGUCCUGUUUCCCUUUUUGGAAAGAAAGUUGUGGUCCAUAUCAUUUCACUUUAUUAUAUUCAAAUCUCAACCACAACUUUUACCUUUUCAACCACUUUAUUAAAACUCGUGCCCAAAAGAAAUGAGACCAUCAAAUUGGGACGAAGGGAGUAUUUUCUUUAGUUAAUGUGAAUUUUGAUAAUAUUGGUUUUCCAUAUGAGAUAACGACCCCGUUUGGGUAUUGUCUCGUUUUUAACAUAACGCUGAUAUUUUUGAACUACAAAUGCUGCAUUUUGCAGCGUGUAGGUAUCAACCCGCCGGAAAACAAACAGCCUCAAUACUACCAAUUGAAGCGUUUUCAUCAACAUUACUAGAAGUUCGACAUGGUCUGGUUUCUACCCCACUAAACCAAUAAGUGCAAAUGCCGUGGUGCUCUAUGGUAUUGUUUGGUUCUGAUUCUUCAUAGGUUCUAUGUUGAAUUCUGGAGUGUAUUGGGGGGGGGGGGGGGGGGGGGGGGGGGUCUUGUAUUAUUGGCCUAAGUUUGGGUCUGGUUCCGAAUACUUGUUCUAGAGCCCACCAUUUGUACAAUUUGGUGCAAAUAAUCAAGUAAACCGUAUCCACUCCUAAAAGACUUGCCGCGUUAGGGGCGAAUGACUACUGAUAGUUGAGUAACUGUAAGCCAAUAUACAUAUUUUAAUAAUUUUCCUUUUUAAUACCAACUAUUAGACCAAAUUAAUUAGUAGAAAUUGCUCAA